GGAUCGACGGGAUCCUGCGUUUGAAUAAAUAUCGUUUCGUGCGAUUCUCGAAGUAACACUUUUGUGGCGCGUCGCGGAAAGGAGUUGUCUGUCAAGAAGUGUCUAAUUGCGCUUAUCAAUUCGCCCGUCAAACGGUUGAUUGCUUUAUUAAUCGAGCCGGUAAGGAUAAUAAUAUGGAUAUGGAAAACAGCGACGAAAAAUCACAUUGCGACUACAUCUCCGCGGUAUCUCCACCCGAGCACCAGUUGUGGGUGAAUCUGACUUCAACAGGGGCUAUCAACGUGUUCUCCCAGCUUCCAUCGUUGCUACAAACUUACUUGCUGGAAGUGGUAGACGAAAUGGAAAACGAAUUUUUCGACCUCAUUUUGCCUAGCGACAACGCUUGGCAAACGAAAAUUUACUACAAGCUGGUCGAGAAACAGCGGCUAGCGGAUUCAGCUCAAAAUGGAAUGAUAGCCGGCUCAAUGGUGCAAGAACACCAAGGCAAGACGUUCCUAGAGUGGAGUCUCCUUCAAAAACGCAAAACUUCUUGCACUGCUGAGGUUGAAAUUCGAGAGAAAAGAGUGAGGCCUUGCAACUAUUUGGCGCCUAUUACUUGGACCGUCAGAGACAUAGCGAAGGCAGGGGGUUUGUUGAGCUCACCGCCUCAGGCAGUAACUUUCGAAGACGAACAGGAAAUGAGGAGGGUGUAUACUCUCAUUUAUGACGUGUUUCGCUAUAAAAACAUUCUGAUCCAAGCCCUCAAUGACGUUUGUUUUUUCCAAAUCUUCCGCGAGUUGGACUGCACGGCUCCGCACGUGUGGCUUCUUUUCUACGACCUGUACCAUCGCAGCUUUAGGAAACGGGAAACCUCCAUCGCGCCACUGGCGACGGAGCUUUUCGAGGCCGCUGGAUUAUCGCACGCAGAAAACGCAUUAUGGUCGCAAAAAGUUAAAUUAGCCGCCGCUGUCUCACGUCUAAGGAUUAAACACAACGCUCUGUCGCUGAGCGAUCUUCUUCCCGAUCAUCUCAGAGACGAAAAAGUGACAGAGCUCGCGAAUUCAAAGCCAGUCAGUUGUUGGGUGAACUGCUUAAAAGUUGGGCGUUUCAGGGACAGGAAAACGCUCUGCGAAAAUAUCGCACAGACGCUCAACUUGACCAUGGUCGACAGCGUGGAACAUUUGAACGCCAACAACUUUAAAUGGGACAAACAUUGCCCGCAGAUAAUCACCUUUCACGCUACAAUGAGAGGAGAAUUGGCCAGAAGUCGAUUCAUACGGGAUCAUUUGUUGAUCGUUCAAGACAGGUCGUUUUGCCGUGGGGCUGCAACGUUCGGUAAAAUUUUGCUGGAUCUGGGAUUGACGGGCAGUGUUAUUCAAACUCACGUCAAUUCGCCAAGAACUACCGCUUACCUCGCAACGUUACUGAUACAAAACCAGAGAAUUAACAGGCUCAUUGCUUUUAGCGCGGGUAAGAGAAAAAACGAGUACGAGGCUUACUUUAUGGACUUGGGAGUGAACAAUAUUACGAUCUUCGCUGACCGUCUAAUAGAUUUGCCUCAAGACGCGAAUUACAUGGAAGAAGUGAUAGCAGUAUUCGCGACUCCUCCGAAUAGUUACUCUGCAGUGACUGACCCCAUAGAUUUGGUUUGCAGUAGGGGUGGAGAUCUUUCGAUGCUAGAAAUUCUAACAGAAUACGAGGAAACGAAAGAAGCCAAAGAGCGGGUCAUUAAUAUACUAGAGGAGCAAAGAAAAACUCUACGAUUUGCGAUGUCCAGACCGCAGAUACAGUUUGUGCUCUACGAAACCCACUCAGAGAUCGACGCAGAAAAUGGCGAAAUGGUCAACAGAGCAAUUCGAGAGGUCAAUAGGCUGGCAAGAGUUCAGCACGCGACUUUACAGGGCACUGCGAUAAGUUGCGAGACGACAAUCGAUGAACCUACGGGUAAGGAAAUUAACAAUAACGACAAGGCAAAUAAGAACGGGGCGGACAGAGACGAUGAAACAAUUAAACAUGUUAAUCCAGAAUCGCAAUUAACUCAGGACACAAAGCAAAAGUUGUUAGACAGCCUCAAAAUGCCGGAUUCCGAUCUAUUUGAACAACCUGAAGUUCCAAGUUUAUGCUCGGGCGAGAAUUCGUGCAUCAACUUCAAAAAGGAAGGCUGCUACUUGGCUCUGCUCCAGAGAAAGGAAGUCAUCCGCUUGGAUAAUAAAUACAUGAUAAAAAUGGCGGAAAACAGGGGACUUUUCGGUAGCAACACGACGACAAGCACAUCGAAAUCAAAAACACGUCGGGUUUCGAGAAAGAAACUAGAAAAGGAGAGCAAAUCCAAACCGUCAAAGAAACGUACCGAAAUCGAGAUCGAUCGAAUCACUGCACCCACGCACACGUUCCUGUGUCACACCAAGCGAACACACGAGAUUAACGAAUGUCGCAGAUGUAACUUGGAAGAAGAAACCAAGUUGCGAUCAUCGAGGUACAAACGGUGGUGGUUGGAGACCACCCGUCACAUCUUGGACCUCAAAAAGUGCCUCGUUAAACAGAAGAUUAUGUCGUCGGAGAAAAUCAGACAAGUGACCCAAAAGAAUAUUCUGAACAGCUUCGUGGUGCCCACGAAUAAUGUAGACGAAAUAGCUCUAGAAAUGAAUAACGCUUCUCGGUUUCCGGUCUUUCCAAAGCUGAGACUGAACAGAGAAAACAACUGUGUGAAAAUUCGUGUGCCGGUGACUGUUGUCGAUCUCGAUUUUCCACACUACGUUUUGUUUUAAGUAAAAUAGAUUACUUCGCCAAAAAUGUUGUUUUAUUUUUUA